UGUACAUUGACGCUGCUGUGUGAAUCGAGGUCUGUAGAAAGAUAACGGCUCCUGCCAGCACAGAGACAAAAAAAAUCGCUGCUCUUCGUAUUUGACGCGCAUAUGUCGUUUAUAUCUUGUGUUUGCGUUUUUGUAACUAUCAGCGUUAAUCCGAGGCCCGGUCCCAACCGCCGCUCGUCCGUAUUCGCUAAUGGGAGCUCAGUAGCUAGCUAACUUGACGAUGAUGAUGGUGAUGAUGAUGAUGCAUCAGUGGAAUAAUCCCGGUGUCUCUGACUGAGAUGGAGCCAGCAGCGACGCUCAAGUGGAGUUGCUUGCUAGCUAGCUAGCGAGCUAACGGUGCCCGCCCGCCGGGUUUGAGUGUGCCCGAGCAGCCCCUGGAUAACGUUAGCUAAAUGGCUGCAGUUUUAUCGCGCUGCUGUAACGUUAUCAGACACUUCCAGCCCUGUCCCCAGAUUUGAGACACCAUGUCAACUAGCAAACGAUGCUAACUUGACCGUUAAGGUUAGCCACACGUGACAUAGUUUAUCUCGCUCCAACAAUUAUCUCUGACCGUCCUUGGAUGCUUCAGUGACAUUAACUGGACGGUGUGUAUCAGGAUGGCACAGCUCUUGGACGGGGCCGGCAGACUGAGCUGGAUUCUGCUCAAGUCUGUGCUCCGUUUCGUGUUCAUGUUUUUCAACAAUUGUGUAGCCAUCCCAUCCUACUGCUUAUACCUGGUGCUGCUCCAGCCAGUGAGAAUAUGGGACAGCUCCACUUUCUGGCACAUCGAAGGGAUCAUGUUCAAAUGGUUGCUGGCCAUGGUGUCCUCAUGGGGCUGGAUCGCAGGUUAUACAGUAACGGAGUGGGGUGACGAUGUACGACCCAUCUCUGAAGAAGAAGCCAUGGUCAUUGUCAACCACCAAUCCACAGGAGACGUGUGCACCCUCAUGAUGUGCCUGCAGGACAAGGGCAUGGUGGUACAAAAAAUGAUGUGGUUGAUGGACCAUGUGUUCAAAUAUACCAACUUUGGCCUAGUGUCCCUCAUCCAUGGGGACUUCUUCAUCAGACAGGGUAAAGCUCACCGAGACAAGCAGCUGGUCUACCUGAAAGAUCACCUAGACAAAUACUACCACAGCCGCGACAGGAAGUGGAUAGUGCUGUUCCCGGAGGGCGGCUUCCUGCGCAAGCGACGGGAAACCAGCCAGUUGUUUGCCAAGAAGAAUUCUCUCCCUCACCUGACCCACGUCACAUUGCCUCGUCUCGGGGCCACCCACGUAAUACUGAAAACCCUGUCAGCCCAGCAGGAGAACGGCAGCGUGGGCAGCGAGGCUGGGACCCCUAACCAGACAGGUAAUAAACGUAAAGGCCUGCAGUGGGUAAUAGAUGUGACCAUAGCUUACCCCAAAGCCAGACCCAUGGACAUCCAGACCUGGAUCUUUGGCUACAGGCCUCCAACAGUCACACACGUUCACUACAGGAUGUACCCAAUAAAAGAGGUUCCUGUGGAGGCAGAGGCCCUGACUGACUGGCUGUAUCAGAGGUUCGUGGAGAAAGAAGAGCUGCUGACCCACUUCUACGACACAGGAUCAUUCCCCUCCCAAGACGGACAGAAGGAGGCAAUCUCCCGGCAGAUGACCCUCGACUCAGUGUGGCUGUGCUUUAUCCAGACGUUAGCUUUCGCCUCCGGCUACGUGUGGUACAGCGUCCUCCGGUACCUCUACUGCUGUUUAUUUUGAGUGCGCUGAUGAGGUGAGAGUCUUUAUCGGACCACUGGAAAAGCCUCAGGAUCAGUUGGUGUGUGGCCCAGCGUCAUACUUGCCCCCCUACGAUGGAUGAAUGUACAUUUACAACAGUGGAGAGACUUUACAACAGGAAACAAAAAAAAAAAAAAAAAAAACAUACGAAGAACACAAACACACAGAUUACAAAUUCAGUACGGAACUGGUCACAGGCAUAGUUAACUCGCACACGACCCUAACACCACACACUCGCUCCGACGGCCUAGCAGAAUAAUCUCUCACACUCGUCACGACUCACAUUUUGAUGUUUACACGUCCUCAUACACGUAGACGCUCACACGUACAUAACUUUUUAUUCGAAGUGAACGAAACGAGGCUCAGGACUCCUCCAGAGGACGCUCUGGACCGGACUCUCUCUUCCCCUCCUAGGCUUUAGCCGUAGUAGUUUUACAGAGUAUAAAGUGUGUAUGGACGCGUGUGUGAGUGAAUAUCUGUGACUAGAAGCAUAAUGUCUGCCCUUAUUCUUCUUCCUGGCGAGAGCUGAUGAAGCCCACUGGACGUCUCUUUCAGCCCGCUGACUCGCCGGCCGGCCACACCUUCCAGAGCGAGCGGCCGCGUGAACGUUGAGGCCGCGCUGCCGGCUGCUCCUCUGACCUUCAUUGCACUAAGGAUCCAUACUGCCCUAACUGCUCCCUGUCCCAGGAAAUAUUCCUGCGUGGUAGCUGUCAAUGUUUUAUUUUUUUUUUUUUUUGUUUUCUUCCCUUAACCUGCAUAUCUCCACAACAACGGCCAUUGUAUUUGUUGUUGAUGUCUUUUUGUUGACUUUUUUUUUUUUUUUUUUUGUUCCUGUUUCCGCCUGUCUGUCGAGGCAGUAUUCUGAGCUCACUGAGAAAAGGGGGAUCAUGUUUACACUGGCAGCCCUGCUGAAAGCCUAAAGGGAUGGCGGCUAUGACGCGGCUAUGACGCGGCUAUGAUGCGGCUAUGAUGCGGCGCUUGAUUUAAAGGAUUUCUGUGUCGGAAGUUAAAAAAGGAGGAAGAGGAGACGGUGGUUUUAAAAAGGAAAAAAAAAAAACAAAACAGGUGGCACGCAGGGCAAGAAAUGCAGUCUGAUCACCUAAAAAGUCCCUCUUUGUGGAUUUUUUUCACCCUCUGCUCUCCGAUGUGCAUACACACACAAACACGUGCACACAUCGCCAUGUGCAGCUACACACACACAGCAGAGUGUCUCGAAGGAUCAUCUCAGCAAGCCAGACUGAGACGGCAGAGACUCUUCUUCCCCCAUUGGACUACAUAGUUUUACAAAUAUUUAAGCCAUAUGCUUAGUGUCGUCAGGCGGGAAAAAGACAUGGGAAAAAAAUACGAUUUUUAUAGGAAGCUACCCUAAUGUUCAGCAUUCUAAAAUAGAGAUUUUGGCUUACAGAACUAUAGGUGUCAUUACUGUAAAUUUACAGCAUAACCUGCCUAAGUGAGUGUGUGUGGUUGUCUUUUCCCCCCAUUUUUGAUAUAUAUGAUCCAUGUCGUGUUGCUCUGUGAUGUCAGAGUGUGGCGGCGAAUUUCACGAGUGGUCAAAUUUAAUUUCAUUUUAAAUUACAUGAAACUGUCGUCCUCAUGUCAUGGUAUGUUUAAAUCUUGUACAUAACGAAGCUGAGGAAGAGUUUUCAUCAUUGGAAAUGACGGCAGCAAUCAUUUCAGAGGAUUUCAGUUUAAAACAUGAAUGUUUUUUUAUUUUCUUUUACGAAAGAAAGCGAAGGUUUUCCCUUCACUUCUCAGUGUUAACCCUUUUUUUUCUGACCAGGAAGUUGUUGUGUGCUUCCAGAUGUUAGAGCUACUGUAUGUCCGUGUGCUGGCUGACACAACGUUUGCACAGCGACACACGGGCCCAGUUUCAAACCUGUACCAUUGUACAUUUUAAAUCAUCAGGAUUUAGUGGGAAAAAAGCCUCGACUAUCAAGCCUUACCUGAUGUCCUGGUACCACAAUCCCAAAUAAUGCUGUUUCCUCACACUCCCCUCUUGACAAACUUUUGUUUUUAAGAUGGUGUGGAGCUAAAACUGGGCCAGUGAGGACAGGGUCACUCUUCACUGAGGAGGGAAACUCUGGCAGGGCCCUGCAAUGAUGCAGCUGUUCUCUCUCGAAUGUACUUGUGCCGUGGUUUUAAGGUCAAUCAUGUGUAAUUUGCUUAGCCUGCUUUAAUUAGGGAAAUUAUAGAGGAGCGGUAAUUAUCAUUGUCAUAAACUAGUGCAUUAAAGGUGCAUUUUAGUAGUUUACUGCCCUCCCUCUGUGCCACUGUUGGUAGAAACUGUGUGUGAAAUGCAAAAAAAAAAGGGCUACCUUACUGGGUAGGUAAAAAAGUUUUUAAAUCAGGCUGUAAAUGUGAUUCAUCCAGCGGCCCUUUCAGAUUCCCCUCCAUCGUGAGAGUGACUUGAAAUUAAGCUUCAUCUUUCUUUUAUUUCACCUCUUCACUUUUUGUUUUUUAAUUUUCUGACCAUGUUUCCAAAGAAGGCAGGGAAAUACUGUUUUCCUAGAUGUGGUUUUAGGAAAUAAACACAAUAGGGAUUUAAACAAAUGAUACUAGAGCUGUCUGUAAUUUUCCAUUUUGUACUUCUCAUUUAAUUCCUAGCUACACAGCCAUUUUACAACACAAAAGACUUGUGCUGGAAUAAAACAUCAUAAAGAUUC